UCUCUGUUGAAUGUCCAGGACAAGUUUCAAGGCCUCGUGGGAUGAGUCGACCGUUGAGCUUGUCCAGUCUGGUUUCAUUCACCGACUUCAGGUGACGUUCUCUCGCUCAAGUUCUAGACGCGUGAUGUAACAAAAAAAUCCGAUACAAUGAUAGCCGCAUGCAUUUGAUGACUAUGCAGUUAUGGCGGCAGAACAGGACACGGACAUUGCUGGUUGGACACUGAACAGUCUACCGGCCGAAAUCAUCUUCAAGAUACUGGACUUGCUGCCGGUUGGGGACAUCUUAACCUUGGCCAAUUUGGGGCCACAUUGUAGGCUGGGCCGGAUCGCUGCAGACCCUUCGGUUUUUAGGACUUUGACUCUGAGUAAGUGCUACCACCUUACUAGAGACACACUUAAACUCUUGCUCUCGAGACGAAGGGAUGACAUUCGAUAUUUAGACAUCUCCAACUGCUACUGGCUGUCUUCCAAAGACUUCGGAUCCUUAGAUUUCCGACUACCAAAGCUAAGGCACUUAGACGUCCGCCACACGGACCUCCCCUUCAAGACCCUCCACAAAAUCCUCUCGCACACUACAUCCUUGCGGAGCUUGUCCUGUGACCUGAGCAGCGGAGUCAAGCUGUGCGACAUCAGCCGGCCAGCCGUGCGGAACCUCCGUAGGUUGAGGGAGCUGAACGUGGUGUGCGUCCCCGGGAAAUGCGUGGGCAAGAACGGCGAGCGGUCCCUCCUGGAGUACGGGAGCCAUUACAGAAAGUUGGAGGCUUUCAGCGUGGACUCCAGAGACACGGAGAAUGUCGACAUGGAAUGUUCGUGUAGUGUACGUCUCGAUGACGUCCUACCAUUUGACAAUCUCAAACACGUGAUGAUUGGACAGCGAGCGCGCGACUCGCACCGGAGGAGCUUAGAUUUUGACUCGCUGAAGUUGACAGCCAAUCAGUGUUCUGUGCUGUUCGCCGACGGCCGUUUCAGCCAAGUAAAUUCCCACGAGGAUAAUAAGCUGGAUACCACGGCAACUGCUUCUUCACCAAAGAUGUUCUCACUGCAAAUGGUUCGUGUGCCCGACCUCAAACUCCCAUUGUAUCACAGUCUCAGAUAUUUGAAUAUUGCUGGGAAUGUGCAUUUCACAGGAUUGCGUGCGGUGGCCGCAAACUGCCCCUUCUUAGAAAGUCUAAACAUCAGCUUCUGCAGGGAUGCCUUGAAAAGGGUUUACAAGAGGGAAGAGUGGACGGACCUGUCGGCCUUCCGUAUCUUUGCCGAGGCCAAGACGCCCCUGAAACAUCUCAAUAUAAGUGGCCUUCAUCUUCAUCUCCCAGACAACGAGCUGUGUGAAGUGUUGGCAAAAUUUCCCGGUCUGGUUUCCAUCUCACUGCCAGUCUGUGGACUGCCGGAGAGGAGAGGCUCAGUACCUGUUGAUGGUUUGACCUUCAGUCAAAUCCGAAGUAGGAGCAGAAGCUGCGGUUCUGUUGAUAUCAAGUGCGACCACUGUUUGAAGAACGAAUGGAGAAGCCCAGGAACCAGUAUCACAAAAGAUUUGGCAAAGCAAGAAGGCUGUGCGUACUGCACCAGUGACCUCUCUGAGCUCGUCAGGGGUUGCCUCAAGAUGCAAUCAUUUGAGCUGAUCAAGACGGGAUUUGUAUCUUUCCUGAGCCCCAGAUCAGCCUCCAAGGAUGAAGACGUCAUACGAUGUGGAGACAUCAUGGAUCCCGAGAGUACACUCCUUUGCAUCUCAAGAUGGAGGCAUCUGACCUCGCUAGUUCUGGCGGGGCUACCCAGCGUAUUCCACGGGCGGAGCCUGGUUGCCGUUACCCAGGGUUGUCCGGAGCUCCGCCGGCUGUCGUUGGCUCAUCUUGGGCCCCACCCAUACGACCAGUGCUUGUUCAUGGAGGGUCUGUGCCAGGCGCUGAAAUACGCCAAAAGAAUGCAGGAUUUCAGAUUAGAGCAGCCCAAGCUCACUGGCAUGGCGUCACUGCUGCAGAGUUUACAAAGCUGUAAACGACUGAGCAGGCUGUGCGUCAUCACACAGUGCGGAGGACUUAAAUCUCUACACGUCAAAGACCUGGACGAUGUAAUGGACAAGUGCCAGGAUCUGAUGGUUCUGCAAGUGAUUUGCAACUCUUACUUUGAAACCUGUGCCAAGUGGCAGCAAACCUUACUGGACAAGUACAAGCCGGGCAGGCCCGCCCUUCACGUCAUCAUCGCCUCCUACAAGAAGUGCCAGGCGACUCGAUGGCGAGACAUCUGCGAUAAGGUCCCGUUCGUCCACCUGGAGGAGCUGACGCUGUUCCAGAGCAACGUGGCUGCCAAGGCGCCCUCAUGGAGGGACAUACAGGAGAUCCGACGACGGGAGCUCAUGGGAGACUGACGAAGACAAAAAAUGCUCCUGUGUCUACUUGACUACAAGAGCCAACACACAAUCACUAGAAUGAGCUCCAAGAUAGACCAGGAGAGGGCGCAAUUUCCCUAGCAACGCAGGCUCCUUCGGUAGGAACUGUACUUGGAUGGGUCGUGGAGUAUGAAAUGCCUGUAUGUUCAUCGCUACCAACAAAAUGAGCACUCCAGACCAACAUGGCUCUUUCCAACCAAUGAGGGGGGCUUCUGCUUGCGACAGAUAGUCUUACAAUGCGCUACUCUCGCUGUCUGCCUCAUGGCUUAACCCUUACCUAUUCAAAUACAUGUAUAUUUGAAUCAGUCUUAUUCAGAGUAGUCUGUUAAAUGGCGGUGGUGCUGGACUAUUUGGGGUUCCAAGCCUUACAAUCCACCUUACGUUUUCGUCAACGUCAAUCAGCAAUUAGUUUCAUUGAUAUUUUACAUUAUUGUGUUUAGUUUUACUCUCAGGUUCCCCAAAUCAAAUGCUAACGGCGCUUUCAAUUCAAUAUGGGCAACUCGUGAAGAAAGUCUGUGCCAAAGUUGCCGAACUCCAACUCCAGCAGGUCUCAAUUUCAUAGAGGCGCUGGUAAGCAGCAAAUACUACUGUACUCCACGGAUUUUUGUGCUAAGCAGCUGAAAAACGGGCCAAAUAAAAACAGUAUGCCAUUCUCUCUAGCAGUCAGUUUUCAUUUAGCAAGUAGUUUUUAUUUUAAUAACUUGCAUCGGUUACACAGGCUCUAAACCUUUUCCUUCGUGAUCUGUUUCAUCUCAUUCUGUCUGCUUUUCUUGUUCUUGUCAAUCGUAUAUUGGACUCUGUUUUCUACUUUUCCAGAUGUCUUUCCGUACAUCAAGAGUAUUGUUAUUUAGCACUUUAUACAUUCUGCGAUAUUUUUUUUGAUAUGCAAUGAAUCAGUUAUCUGAAAUAAAACCAAACUUUUAAUCAUCUUUUUGUCGAGUCAGUGCAACAGGGUUGUAUCUCGUGUACCAAACAAAUGCGAGUUACUAUGACCUUGCACUGCCACGACGUUUUAUAACAUUGACAGAUCUGUCUGUGGCAUGGGUACACAUCUACAUGUGCAUCAUGAAAAAUGGUGCGAUUCGAUCCUCGAUGGUUCACUUAGUUCCUGUUUUAAAGCUAGAGCCCUAUUAGAAAUGGGCAUUUAUACUGAAAACGUGUUGCAAAGGGGAUUGGGAAAUAAAUGGACCAGAAACUUGA